AAGAGGGAGAGACAGACUGGAAGACAUUAGCGACAGGAGAGAAAGGGGAACUCUGGGCAGCAGGGAGAGAGAGGGGGUGCAAUCGUGAUUCCUUGUGGAUAAGCCAGCCCAGAGCAACUGAGGGGGGUGGCCUGAGGCUGGAGAAGAGCUAGCUGGUGAUCUCCCUGACGUUGCCCUACCACCAGAGUGACGCACAGGAGCUACAUCCGCCCCGAGACAGAGGGAUGGGCGGGAGCGCGAGAUGACAGCUCUGCACUCACACCGUUUCUGGAGCGAAUCCCCGAAACUCUAGGUAGAUUGAGUACACAGAUGCACCCUUAUUAAUAACAACAAUUUCACUUGGGGGGGGGGAGGAGGAGUCGGUCUACCGCCAUUUUGGCUCAGCCGAGCCAGAGCACAGUGCAUGCAGUUGCUUGAGCCAAGAUGUCCGACGUACAGCAGGUGUUGCCACACAGUGCCCCCUGGUGGCAGAAAGGUGGCAGGGCAUCACCGCGGUCCCAAUCCACAUUCAUCGCUGUCGGUGGGUUGUGCUGCUUGACUCGAACCCGCUGAGCGAUGAGUGAAAACUGUGACCUGACUCUCGAGGCGCCCGGACAGGCCUUCAGCGGGGUGAAGCCCAGGUUUCAUACUGCACGUUUCACACUGGAACCCAGCCCGGGUGGGAGCCGAACAGGUGAGAGGGAAAUGGAAAGGUAGAAAAGUGUGGAUUUACACGUUCACAUUGCGUAAUUGUUUUGGUACGCUGGCGCGUCGGUGUCUGGUGUUGUUGCCCUCUCUGUGUGUCACGGCAGGUGGAGCCUCGGGUUGCGGGUUCGAGCCCGGGCGCCGUCUCGAGCGAACUGCCCCUCCCUGUGGACACGCCUCUCUCUCCCCCAGCCGGCCGCGCGCCGGGGCCGAGGGCGGGGCCUGGCGGCUGACGUCACGGCGGUGGCUGGACAGAGGGGCUUUGCAGCCCAGUGGACCCGGCAGGUACUGGACUCGCGCGGCCAGGCGGAGACCGGAGCCCCAGUUCUGCGUCUCACCCCUCUGCCUGCGUACGAGAUUCUACGGUGAACCAGGAUGGAUCGGAGGAGACCAACUUUCGACUUGUCCAGAGACUACCUGGGUCUCGCCAAGCUCGUGAUGGAGAUCCGGUCCGACCUGGUGCCCCAGGAAAGAGGCGGCUCCAGAGGUCCGGAGGCUGCGGGGGAGGCGGGGGACAGUGGGACAGUGGCCGGGGUGUCCAGCCCUGGAGCAGCUUGGCCCGGGAGCGGGGCUUUGGAGCUGCCCAGGGACCCCCAGGCACGGCAGACUUCCCGGCUGACCCAGCGGGCUGGGGGACAGAACACCGGCUCGCGAGGUGCGGAGGCGCCGGCAACCCCCAGGAACCCACAGGAGCCCCGCCGGGCUGAGAGCCGCCCCCCGGCCGCGGCCCAGCGGCGCUGCAACUUCUGUUUCCGGAACAAGGAGUCGGAGAGCGUCUACCUCUCCCACAGCCUGCGGGACGAGCUGGGAAAGGUGUCCUGUCCCCUCCUGCGGAGGUACGUGUGCCCGGUGUGCCACGCCUCCGGAGACACGGCCCACACCCUGAAGCACUGUCCCUCGAGGCUGCGCAAGUGAGGGGGGGCCCGGCCCCUGGCAGUGCAUCCGGUUGAGCUGCUGGACGUUUUUAAAGUGUCCGAGAGGAAUUAUUUUAAACUGUUGCCUUGCUUAUUUUAGCCGUGGUGUUGUGGAAUCGGCGAGCCAGUUCGUGUGCGGCCAGCUUGGCGCGGACCUGGCGAAGACGAGGGGAACCCAGCGGGUUUGGGAGCCCCAGCGGUGCACGCGAGAGUUGGGGGGGGACUUGUUGGGGGCCACAUGGACGGUCGCUACUGCACGUUGUCCGAGUCGGGGACUGUUUUCUGCGUUUGACUGUGUUGUCUCUUUGUUAAUGUGAUCCGUACGGUUGUCAAAAACCCUUUUUGGUAUAAACAAACAAAAUAAAACCGUAAAAAGUG